AUGUGCCGAAAAUGCGGACACCAGGACUCUAAUCACGUACCAUCUGGUGCGCAGGUCGUGGGCAGCGAAUGCGGGUUCGGUGUAAUUUCACCUCCCGACAACCAACAGAAUCUCCAGCAUCCAGCCUCUCCACAAGACUCCUUACAUAUCAAUCUCGAAAAGGAGAACCUAGAGCUGAAACAGGAACUAAGGGCUGCAAAAGAACGUUGCUCCGAAUGGGAGACAAAUACCGGCACCUUCUUGUUACGAGCCAGGCAGUGCCUGCAAUCACAGAAGGACGAGAACACCGAACUUCAGAAGCGCUUGGAGGAACUGAGGGCUAGAAAAGAACUUUGCUCCAAACGGGGCACGAAAGCCGAAGCAAACAUGUCGCAAAACGAAGGGCCCCUACAAUUACAGGACGAGAACACUAAACUGCAGAAGCGCUCGAUACCCCUGGAAUGGCGGAACCCCAAACGCCAGAAGCAGUUGGGGCCCAAGAACGACGAACAUAUUAUCCAGGGGGGGAUGGGCAGAAUGGGGCGGGUCGGGAAAGAGGAAGCGACUGGGCGAGGUUCUCAAUAUGGUGGGUAUUGCAAAUGGUCUUCAUGCCAGGCUGUCGGUAGAGGUGGUCGAAAUCCGUACGGUGAUGAAGGAGCGAUGGUAGAUCUAGCAUUAUUUGGUGGAGCAUCCGUUGGUGGAAUUUGGGCAUCCUCUUCGUCCCUAGCGUUGCGUUGUAGGAGAUUCAUGUUUAGUUGUCUUUGA